AUGUUGUCUCUCUCAGUGCAUAAUGACGUUGCUGUACGCAUUAUCCAGCGACAUCUUCUCUAUCAUCAACUUCUUCAGCUUCGUCAACUGGCUCUGCGUCGCCAUGGCGAUCAUCGGCAUGAUGUGGCUGCGAUACAAGAGACCUGAACUGGAGCGACCCGUCAAGGUGAAUCUUCUACUCCCGGUGAGUUUCGUGGUAGUGUGUGUCUUCCUCAUUGUGGUGUCAUUUUGGAAGACGCCCGUGGAGUGUGGCAUCGGCAUCGGUAUCAUCACCACUGGAGUACCCGUCUAUUUCUUUGGUGUUUGGUGGCAGAAGAAACCCAGCUGGAUCAUCAAUGGCAUCAGCUUGUUGACCGUGUUCUGUCAGAAGCUGCUGAACGUGGUUCCUCAGGACUCAUGAACUCAACCUAUUCUCCACUGCAACCCAAGCCGCUGUACCACCACUGAAGCAGUACUGGACAGUUAAUGUGUGUUCAUCUCAGGCUGAUCACUGUGAAUACUCUCUAACCUUUGACCCCUAACCUUGAU